AGCUUUCUGACUCACCCAUACAAACCCUUCAUCUCUAACAAAGCUGAACCUUAGUUUCUCUGGUGACUCAGUUCCCAUAGUGACCCUAGUGCCUCUACGACCAGCUGUGUGAGCCUUUCCAGCAUGCAGUACUUCGGAGGGAAACUGUCGGCCGCCCAGCUGCAGGUGGCGGGCUGGGUCGGCAGCGUGCGACGUUCCUUGCAAGGGGCUCUGGAGCUGGUGUGGGGCACCGCAGAAGAGAAGCAGCAGGAGGAGGAAGAGGAGGAUAAAGAGGAGGACGAAAAAGGUGAAGACGGAACAGGAAGGUUUCAGAGAGCUAUGUCACCGCUUCGUAGCUUCGCCAGACGUAGCAGGAGAUCCCUGCGCCGCUUCUCCGUCAGAAGUCGGCAGACUCUGCAGAGGAGAGCCACUGCAACCUGCUCUGCACCAGUUAACAGCACAAACGAUGAAGACACUGAUGUAUUGAUAGACUAUGAGCCAGACCAGCAGAAUGAGGCUUGUGAACAGACAUCUGAAAUUGACAGCCCAAAGCCCGUCCCUGACCAGGUUCCUGAAGUCCCCUCUGAAGAAGUUGAUACCAUUGAUUUUUACAGAGAGCCUGAGCUGGCUCCAUUUCCGGAGAGCUCCACUCCUCUCCUCGACACCAGCGUGCAGAAAUCCAAGGCAGAUCUGGGUAGGAGGCGAACUCGAACGCGUCAAUCACGCUCGCUCCGUGGAGGUUUGGCUCCAAAAGAAAGCCCAGACUGGAGGACCUGUGACUCCACAGAUGAAAAAGAGGCAUCUUCUAAGCAAAGGGAGUCGGACUCUGACGACGAGCAGCCUAGACCGAAGAUGGUCUGCUCUCCUCCUCCCACCUCUCAGAGAGUCCCCAUGUUCCCUGGAUUGAGCCCUGCAGCCUUGAUUGCUCAGUUAAAAAAGAGAACAGGUGGAGGUGAAACCAGAGGAAGAGAGGAAAUGGAAGAAGACAAGGGAAGAGAAGAGAAGGAAAGUCAAAAUGAGGAAGCGGCACCAUCUCCCUCACAACAGUCCCGCUCUAUUCGCUAUGCCGCUCAUCUGGCAGGGGCUGCACGAGUGCUGCCACCCUUAGGCGGCACGGACGCAGGUGCCGUCUCCUCUCCCGCUUGGCUGAAAGAACUGAAGUCUAAGAAGCGCCUGAGUCAGUAUGACAGCGAGGCUUAGCCAGACGCAGGAGAUACAGUGCCAUUGCUGUUCAGCAAGAAUCAAUCCAUCUCAGCUGCUGCUGCUGACUGCAGACACCUUGCCACAAUUGCUCCAUUUUUCACUUUGAGUGCCUUGUUUUGGACUUUUAAUGAUAUAUUCAGGGGGGGUUAUUCAUGGCUUUUGCUGAACGUAGAGGCCAUCAGGAACUUUUCUAGUUUGUAAAUGAAAUAUGGUGCCAAGGCUAUGUGCCAAGACUGUGAUGUGUUAAUGCCAAGUACAUGUUUUUCUACUGCUGUACAGAGGCUCAGUUGAGGGGAAAUACCCCCAAUGUAAUUUAGAGCAAAGCCAUGGACUGUCUUAUUGUUUGAAUGUGUUAGUCCAUCAUAUACUGACAGGGACUGAUGACACUAGGCCUUCACACAUACACUCAAACACAUAUGUACAGAAAAUAUUGAAUAUAAAUAAUGGAUUGCAUCUUGUGUGUAUUUGUAGUUUAAAUUGUACAAAAUGCCUUUUACAUUAUCUUUCCAAUCACAGAUUCUCUCAAGUAAACCUAUAAGCACUUUAAGAAAAAUUAUAACAAAUUACCAUCCAUACAGUACAUGUAUGCAAUAGAAUAGUCAAGUACCUAUAACUUAGUAACAUGGUCAAGGGAAUUUUUCUGUUUGUUACACUAUAAAUGUCUGUCUUCUCUUUCCAGUUCCACAAAACGUAAAGAUGCACUUCCUGGUUUUUAUUAAAAUGCCCAGCAACA